ACUAGCAUUUAUAGCAUUUAAGACAUGGGCAGAUGCAGAUCUAAGUAAAGUUGGUCGGUCCAUUUCAUUUCAACCCACACUCGGCCCACUUUCAGUUCUUUGUUUUCUUUUUCUAUUUCCCUUGCAAAAAUUUCCGCUCCCAAAACUCCAAAUCCCAUUGUCCAGUCACAACUCGAAGUCCCAAACCAAAAGAAAUGGCCGAUCCUGAUUCCGCCGUUACUCAAGGCUCCGCCGCAGAAGCGACGGAGCCCCACCAGACCCAGACCCAAGCCCAAGUAGACGACACAGCCGCCAAUCUUAAUAAUCUUACCCUCCGAAUUUGGCCCCCCAGCCAACGAACCCGCGAUGCCGUCAUUAACCGUCUAGUCGAGACGCUGUCUUCUCAAUCCGUCCUUUCCAAACGCUAUGGAACGAUCCCGAAGGAUGAGGCGUCCGCCGUGGCCAAGUCGAUCGAAGAGGAGGCUUUCUCGGUUGCCGGUGCUUCGUUCUCCGCCGACGACGAUGGCAUCGAGAUCCUUCAAGUGUAUUCCAAGGAGAUCAGCAAGCGUAUGCUCGAUACUGUCAAAGCUCGAGCUGGUGCCGCCUCCGCCGAUGCUCCGUCAGGUCCGGAGGCAGACACAAAAGACUCGGGAGCUGCGAGUGAUGGGGAGAUUUCAUCCCCGUCCGUAGAGGCAGAGGCUUGACUUUGAGGAUUCUUGUUUCUCUCUUUGUCUCUCUUUAGGGUUUUUUAGCUUGAUAAUUAGUAUUGCUAGCGUUUCCUUAGAUCUGUUUGCACUGACUAUGGAUAUUUCGGAAUGCUUAAUUGCUUAUAUGCGAUGAUAAUAAUAUCUGUAAUAAUAUUUAUCGGGUUUUUUUGGGUUUUCUGUAAUCUUUGUGGAAAUGUGCUUGAUUUUUAUGAGUUGAUUGGUGUUUGUUACUCUGUUCAUGGGUACAGCGCAAAAUGCUGCAUAAAGGGUGCUAGAAAUUUGGUUAUUGAUGAUUUAUUUUCCACCAACUCAUCAGCAUUCUAUACCUUUAUUCACUGUUUGUUCUCUCAUGAUCUGUUUCAGCAAAUGCAGUCAUUAGUUUCACAGGAAUUAGGCAAUGCUGUUUAGAAUUUGCAUCUCUUAAAGGCAGAACAUUACUGAAUCCAGAGCAAUCGAGUUGAAAGUCUUUUGAAGAGUUUACAUGUAGAAAGAGCUCUAAGCGGUAGAGGUUUCUGUAUUUUGUAUGGAUCUGAUAAAUAGUCUCAGUAUUUCUUCAAUUCACUUUUAUUGUAAUUCUUCCUAAAAUACUUGUUGGUUUGGAAAUUUAAUUUGUGUUAGUAAAGAUUCUUAAGUGUGCUAGAGCCAUUAGGAUGUGGAAGCUCUGUGAGGUUUAUGCUGUGAAUUAGAAUUUAGCAUGCAAGGGAUGACUUAUGUGCUAUAGAACAAGUAUGAGUAGAUUUUCAAUGAAAAUGCAUUCUUAUUAACUUAUCUUUGUAUAGUCUUUUGGUAAUAUAAACAUACAAUUGAUAUUAAUUGAUUGUAAGACACAUUGCUCAUGCAUGUGCUUGUGUCAAAAUAGGAAUAAUGCUUUAACAAUUUUUUCGUGUUUUUAGUUCACAGGCUAUUUUCAUGUUCCAUAAUUUUGUAAUGUAUGUGUACAGUAUGUUUCCCUGCCAGAACAUCGUUCUGUGUUAACCAAGUUUUAGCCAACUGUUAUAUAUGUGAGCUUCUAUUCUCAAAAAGUCUGUUAUUCUUUGAGUUCUUUUCUUGCAUAUAUAGAAGUUUUGUAGGAAAGAAGUAACAUCAGUAAAGUAAUCCCUUUUAACCAAGAAUGCUUUGGGCAUGUUACAACUUUCUAGAUCACUCUGUGUAACCUAGCUUCAUCUUUCAACAAUAUAGAAAAGGAUCAUUUGAGCUUGAUCAUGAGGUCAAUGUUUUCCAUAUAUUCAUAUCCAUGACCCUGGAAAUAUCAUAGAGAAUUCUGUCUCUUGUCAAACUCACCCCUGCAGGGUAAUCUACAAUAUCUUUGUGAAGGGGCACUGCUUGUCUGCUUUCUUCUAUCAAUUGAUGCUUAGCUAUUUGUUGAACUUAAGAGAAAAUACCUUUAAAUUGAUUAUAUCAGGGUAGGUUCAUUUCUUUUUUCCUGCAACACUUAUUAUAUGUAUGUUUCAGUUCCUUGCACAUGUUUGCUUGUGGAUUCUUUUCGUUAAAUCAUACUUUAUGAGUCGGUGGUUUUAUUGUGAUACACUGUACUUUAAUCUGUGUCAUGUCUACUGUCGAUCAUACUCUCAACUUAAGUAUUGCAGGUUUUUGUGAUUAAGUGCAUGUGCACAUAUACUCACUGUGAAAAAGCUCUCCUGAGUUUCGAGAAAGGUUAAUUUCCAAAUUUGUGCCAUGUUAGCGCGUCAAAUUUUGGCUAAAAUGAUAUUUUCACUUCCAAAAUUCUCUUCCUCCAUACCUUUUUGUCCCUACUUGUUUAUGACUGAUAAUCCUGUGAUUGACCGUUGGAGAUGGGGGUCAAGAGAUAGAAGUGAGCUUUAGAAGUGGAAGUUAGUUCUAGCCUUGAAGUAGUCGGACAUUUUUAUUUAUGUUGUAAUAACGUCAUUGAUUUGAAUUCCAUUUCCUGCGCUGAUAACACUCCUGCUGUCUGUCCAAAUUGUCCAACUGUGUUUAUGACAACCGACAAACAACCGUGUUUCUACUUGCCCCGCUCUCCUCCCUGAUUAGUUUAGUUGAAGACUAUUCCCAGUUUCUUCCUAGAGAACUUUGUGGGCCUAUGGCGCGAUGAAACUGAAUAUGUCCGUUGCUUUUGGACAUUUCUUAAAUUAGAGUAAGAGAUUUUUGUUUGAAAUUUCAAAUUUGGUCCUUUUGUGGAUGUUUUUGCACGGAGAAAAUUGUUGGUUCAGCAACAUUAUCCUUCAAGUUUCAACCGAGCUUUAGGUUUGUAUGGCGAGCAAGCCAAGUGGGGAACAAAAUAUUCUUAAAAAUUUAGCACAAAAUAUGCUUUUACACAAUAAUUCUUGAGAGGAACGAUUCAAUGUGGAGAAAAAUUCUUUAUGAGUAAAAUAUUCGGUUUAAUAUUUUUUUUUAUCGUGCAAUAUUAGGACUU